AUGGCGCACUUCGACCCGUACUGGAACAAGGACAACAAGCGCGUCUCCGGGAUGUUCCAGGAGGCGUCCAGGCGGAAGGAAGAGGAGGCCGCGGCCGCCGCGCGCAAGCCCCCGCAGUCCACCCUCCUCGACGGCCUCCACGAGACCAACGCGGCGAGGCGAUGGCAGGGCGGUGCGCUGCAGAGGCUCAACGCCAGCCUCAACGCGCAACCCCGCGCGCCGGCCCCCGCGCGCGCCCCCGCGCCGACCAACGACCGCAGGAAGAGCUUCGGCCCCGCGCCGCCCCCGGGGACCAACACCCUGAGCCGCGGGUACCAGCCCAAGGCGCCCGGGGAGCUCUGCUCGCAGGAGGAGAUCCAACGCAAGAAGGAAGCCGCGCUCAAACGAAGGCUGGAGCGAGAACGAACGGAGAAGGAGGAACUCCAGCGCAAGCUCGACCAGGCGCUCCAGCAGCAACAACAGCAGCAAGGGCAACAACAACAAGGGCAACAACACCAACAACAACACCAACAACAACGCCAGCCGCCCCUUAACGCGAAUCCCCAGCCCAACCCCCCGGUUGCCCCCAAGCGCAACCCGAUGGUGUCCCUCACCGCCGCCAAGCCCGCCGCCUCCACCGCGCGAUCGCUCGCGCAGCACCCGACGACGAGCGACGAUAAGCUCUGGCCGGACCAGCCGUUCGAGAUCGACGUCGUCCUCGCGACCGACCCGGCCGAUGACAAGCUGACGGUGCGCGCGAAAUCCUUCCCGGGGUAUCCCGCUCACGCGGUGCUGAUGGACGGCGGCCUCCGGGCUCGGAACAUGUGGAAGACGCUGGCGGAGAAGGGCGCGUGCGCGACGUGGGACGUGAAGCCCACCGCCGUGUACCAACCGCUGCUGGCGCGAGCCGCAGCGGAGAAGUUGCUGAGGGUGGAGGACAGGGUGCGGGAGAAGAUCGAUUUGCUUCGAGCGGAGGUGGAGGCGGCGGAUGAGAGGGUGAGCCGCGCGGUUCGGGCCGCGGAAGCCGCGUCGCUUUCGCUCCCGUCGGACCUCCGAGAUCUGGUGGACGAGGCGCGCGGCGUCGCGAACAAGGCUGGCGGGGCCGGUGGGAGGGGUGGGCGAGGUCGAGGCCGCGGCCGGGGUCGCGGCGGUCGGGGCGGCCGCGGCCAGGGCCGGGGCGACGCCGAGCCCGAGCCCGAGCCCAAGCCCCGAUUCCAGUCCUUCUCAGCCGCAGCCGAGGAGGAAAAAGUCGGCGGCUUGGGCGAGUCCGACGUCGUCGCCGCGAUCGUCUUCGGUCUCAGGUCUGUCCCGGGCCCCAAGGUUGUCCCUAACGCCGCGGACGCUCGGGCGCUCGUCAGGGUCCUUCGACACGUGCAGUCGCAAAUCGGAGUCCCGCUCGGCGUCUCCGCGGCGACGGACCCGACGCCGCCGAUCCGUCUGGCGCCCGUCGUGGCCAGGGCCGUCGCCAAGUGUGGGUUCGGCGCCUCGCUGACGACGACGACGAUGACGACGACGACGGCGACGACGACGUCCGGGACGGAAGAGGACGGGGCGCGACGGACGGGCAAGGAGAACGAGAAGGGGAAGGGGCGGGAAUCGAUCGCGAGUUGGUUCAACAGAUCAGAGCCGGAGCCCGCGGCGACGGCUCCGGAUGAAGCCCCGGAGGUUGAGUCGUCGAUGGAUACCGCGUACGACCACGACGGCGACCGCGUCGCCCCCGAGGUGAUCGAGCUCCUCUCGGACGACGACGACGACGGGAGCGCGCAAUCGGCGCGGACGACGCGUCACCCUCCCGGGACGCUGGUCACCGCCACGGGGCUUCGCUCUCGGCCGGAGCUCAACGGCGACGUCUUCGAGGUGCGCGCGUGGUGUUCGGAGCGCGAGCGGUACCACCUCGCGCGGUGGGGCACUGGGACGCCGGAAGUGUACGCGAAACCCGAGAACGUGACCCCGAUGCACGCGGGUCCGUCCGAGCCCGCUUCGGCUCCGACGGCGAGGGAGGAGGAACCGAUCACGAUUGACGACGACGACGACGGACCGAGUUGCCGGCAGAUGAGCGACGACGACCUCCGCGGUCUCGUCCGCGACCAGCUGCGCGCGGCGACGGAGGAGAACCGCCUGGAGAGCACGACGGUGCGGCAGAUCAUGGACGCGCUCGAGGAGACCUACCUCGUCUCCCUGAGCGGCGAGCGCAAGCGUUUCGUUCGAGAGGUUGUCGACGAGUUCAUCGCGGAACGGACCCGGAGCGCCCGGAAGGCGUCCGACGAGGCGAAGGCGAAGGCAUCCGACGAGGAGCGUGGACGCCGCGAGCGGGAGGCUCUCGUCGGGGAGGUACGCGCCGGCGCGACGGAGCUGAUCCGCGCGAAGAAGGACCUGCGCCGGAUCGAGGACGCGAUCAAGCCGAAGGAGACGAGGAAGCGGCGGGAACUCGCACCCACAUUUGACGCGGGCGAUUACGUCCAGUUCGCGCCAAACGCGAGAACCGGCGCGGGGAUGGCGUGGGAGGGCGCGGGCGGGAUGUCCAUGGGACCAAACGUCGAGGAUUUCUUCUAA